UAGUAGUUUAAAAAAAAAGAAGCAAUUCCUUUCUUCUUCCGCAAGAAGCACACCCUGGGGCCUGGGCAGAAAAUAUGGAACAAAACAGGCUAGAGAUCAAGCUGACGGAUGGGUCCCACCGCUUCCCUUCUCCUUAAAGCCUCGCAAUCCCCCACGCCUUCCAGAGGCGCCCCCAACCCCUAAACCCCGUAAACCCUAGCAGGCCUUCACACGCCGCCGCUCCUCUCGCCAUGGCCCUCUUCGCCGCCGCCCGCCGUGCCGUGGCAUCCGCCGCACCCCUCAUCCUCCGCGCCUCCGCCUCCUCGGGGGCCCAACGCGGCGGCGCCCUGCUCCGGCCCCUCGCCGCCGCCGCGGCGCGGCCGCAGCCCCGCGCGAUGCCGUUCUCGUCGGCGCCCGCGACGAGGCCCAGCUCCGACGCCGAGCUCCUCAGCGUCAUCGACUCCGAGAUCAAGUACGCCGAGGACUGCGACGACCACGACAGGGUUGAGGAGAUUCCAGAUAACUUCCCUUUCAAAAUCACUGAUGAGAAGGGGAUGAAUGCAAUUACCCUUACAAGGACAUAUCAUGGUGAGCAGAUUGAGGUUGUGGCUCACAUGCCCAGCCUAGUCACUGGAGAUGAGCCUGAUCAUGACCGGGAUGACGAGGACAAGGGCGAGGACAAGGGCGAGGAGGGAGAUGGCGGCGAUGAAGAUCAAGGCGAGAAGCCCCCCCAGUCGAGCAUCCCUCUCACGGUCACUAUCACCAAGAGUGAUGGACCCGUCCUUGAAUUCACCUGCACUGCCUAUCCUGAUGAGGUCCUCAUUGACUCCUUGUCCGUGAGGCAGCUGUCAGGGGAUGAUGAAAAUGACUUAAUUGCAUAUGAGGGUCCUGAUUUCAAUGACCUUGAUGAGAACCUGCAGAAGGCAUUCCACAAGUACCUGGAACUGCGUGGCAUCUCACCCCUGACGACAAACUUCUUGCAUGAGUACAUGAUCAACAAGGACAGCCGCGAGUACCUCCUCUGGCUGAGGAAGCUGAAGGAUUUCUUCAAGCAGUAGAGAUCAUGGCCACCGCUUGCAUCUUCCCUCUUCCCAGGCAUAAGAUAGUCAAGUUUCUUUGCACAUUCAGAUUUUGGAGUGACGUACUGCUCAUCAUUAGAUAAGCAUUAAGGACGCAUAUGCACAACCGGAGCUGUCCAAGUUCGUUUUCAUGACUAUAUGUUUCUGGUGGUAUGACAACGGCCCACUGAUCUGGAGGAACCAAUGAUAUUUGGUAAAUGUUCAAGUAGGAUUCGAAGCUCUGUUGCUCUGCUUUUUGUUACCCUGGAAA